AUGCACUCAUCGAUCUGCUUCGCUCUUUUACUUGCUUCUUCUCUUGUUGCGGCCGUGCCGAGGCCGUUCAUUCGAGAUGCACCAGUUGGAAGGCGGAGAGGAUGUGGAACGCACAUCACUGCUGCACGAGUAGCCUCGUCUGAGCGACGAUUCCAGGCACAACGUCUGCCUCCUGAAAGCGAGAACGCCACCGCGACCCUCGACGUGUACUUCAACGUCGUCUUCUCCAAUGAGACCAUUGAAGGCGGCUAUGUCCCAGACCAACAAAUCCACGAUCAGAUUAAGGUCUUGAACGACGACUACAAUAGCACGGGCAUCAGCUGGAGACUCGCGAACAUCACGAGGAUCAAGAGUGAAGACUGGUUCUUGAGGGUCGCUCCCGAGAGCACGGAAGAGAAAGGCCUGAAGAAAUCUUUCAGACAAGGUGACGCUGGCACGCUCAACGUCUAUACCGUCGGCUUGGCUGAAGGCGAUGGGCAAGGUCUUCUUGGAUACGCGACCUUCCCCAUGGACUUUGAGUCUGAGCCCACGAGCGACGGCGUCGUUCUUCUGCACUCGACCCUCCCAGGUAGCAGCUCGGACAAGUAUAAUCUGGGACGGACGCUCGUGCAUGAGGUGGGCCAUUGGGCAGGGUUGUACCAUACUUUCCAGGGUGGAUGCACCGGUGCUGGAGACGAAGUCGACGACACACCACCCGAAGAGUCUCCUGCCUACGGCUGCCCACAGAACCGCGAUACAUGCCCCGGAGGAGGACCCGACCCCGUCCACAACUUCAUGGACUAUACAGACGAUGCUUGCAUGACUGGCUUCACGAAAGGUCAAGCAAAGAGAAUCAAGGCGCAGCUUAGGACCUACCGCCACGUCGAUGUAUGA